UUUAAACAGUAGUGCUAAAUACAUUACGCGAUACGGACGUACUGAUCAAGUGUACAUAAUUAUUCAUACUAACUAUUAAAACUUUUAAGUUUAUCGUCAUCAUAGUGUCAAUUUGAAUCUCCAUAAUGUACUCCCCAAAGCCGAGGCCUCCAAUGUCCAUUACCAACAAAGCAGGUGGUGAGGACAGCACAUUGUUGAGCACAAGACGCUGUUUAUUAACAUGGGCAUUCGUCAGACUGAUAGUUUCCUUGCUAUGGACUGGUAUUGUAAUAUUAGUGACUAUCAUAACAAUAGUCCACUACCAUGACAAAAAUUAUGUUAAUGACAAAGAUCGCUUGCUAUUCGAAGUUCCUGCUAUAGUAACACAAAUGGUCGAAAUAGGGAUGCUCGUCACUUUCAUCGUGGCUGGAUUUAAGAAAAGUGUAAAGUUGUAUGACGUUUACUAUCGUUACUGCAUCUUGACCCUGAUGCUGUACAUCGGAGCAGUGACCAUCAGUUUCUUCGUGGAAUACAAACAUUCACAUUACCUGCUAGAAAACUACAUCACUUAUCAUUUCGUUGAUUUUGGCGACGUCUUUAGUAUACCCGAUGCAUUAGUGUUCGGAUCGGCAGCUGUUAUUGAUAUUUGUCUUGAAAUUCUGCUGCUGCGUCUAAUCAAGAAACUGAUACUGAAAUACAGUUACAAUGCAGACUCAAAAACCACAACAGUGUGAACUAUUAUUUAUUUAUUUAUUUAUUUACACUUCUGUAUAACAUACGAUGGUGAACUUAAUUACGAGUGGCAUUCUCGAACAGUCAAUAUUAUGACAUCACUUUUAAUGAAUUAAUAGAUACUUAAUACUACAUAGAUAAUAAUAGCUACUUAGGUAAUUAUUAAAAAAAUAAUAUGUUAUUUUUGUAAGUUACUGAUUUUAGCUCUUGUACAAAGUUACUUUACAUUAUUCUACAGUUGUAAGUCGACAAUAAAUGUGUGUCAACAAAUCUUGGAUUUCUUUCAAAUGUGUGUGUCUAUUUGUAUCUAUGACACGGAGUUUCCCCUUCACGACACCUAUACACGCUGACAUAUUGAUGGUUGUUUUCCCGCAGCAGAACGAUUUCCCUUUAGUAGUACUAUCGAAUAAUGCAAGUUACUUUUUGAAAAAAUAU